AUGGCGAGGACCUUCAGUUUUUCCAUAAAGGAGAGGACUGUAAUCGCUGCAGGAACUAGUUCAGAAACCUGCACAAAAUGGGAAGACGUCUCAGUUUGCUCCACUAAAUCUACCAUCAAAUGCUUAGAUGAGGGUAAACAACACUUGGAAAUGUCUUGUUUCCUCAUGAAUACAGUUACCUGGUCUGACUGGAGUCCUUGUGAAAACAAUGUCCAGUACAGAUUUGCCCUUGAUUUAUCUACCGGAAAUACCCAGUAUAGGUACUGCGGUCCUCAAGCAAAGUACCUAAUGAGACGAAUGGACGGACAUACUAAUGUAAAGUCCGACCAGGAGAUUCUGAAGGAGCGCUUAGAGAAAUACGUUAAUCUAAACCGCGAGCUUCGGAAGAAGAAUGAAGAGGCGGAGGAUCUUUACAACGCGUAUCUAGUCAAAUAUGCGCGGUUUUACGACCGGAAUAAAGAAUUAAACCGGAAAAUUCAGGAUUACACUAUCAAGAACGAUGAAUUUGACAAACGAACUCGGGCUCUAAAUGAAGAGAAAUCCAAAUACGACGCUCUGAACUCGGAUCUAAAGGUUCGAACCAGUGCGUUGGAGCGUGAAAAGGAAACGUAUCAGCGGAAAACUGGCGAGUUGGCUAAAAUGGAACUUGAAUUACAGGAAGAUAUUAAGUUCUAUCACAAAAAACAUGAUGAACUUAACGCUGAACGUUUGGCAUUAGAAGACAAGGAAAAGGAAUACAAUCAACGUUCCAAAGAUUUGGAUAAUGAAAAGACCAAAACUCAAGAAAAGCAGAAAGAAUUAGAACUGGAACUGGCCAAAGUAAAACAACAACAAGCCACUUUAACUCAACAGCACAAGGAAAAGGAUGAAGGCCUUACUCAAAGAGAGGCAGCUCUUUCUGCUGAGUUGAAAAAAAAUGAUGGAUUACUCAAAGAUUUAGAAUCACAAAGAUCAGCUUUAGCUAAUGAAAAGAAGGAACUAGAAGAUAAAAAACGUGAGAAAGAAGCAUUAGAUGCGAAAAUUACCGCCGAAACACAGAAAUUAGAACAACUUAAAAAGGAUAAUGCUACCGCAAAGGAGAAUAUGGACAACUAUAAAAAGUUCCUCAGCGAAGAAACAACCAGAUUAAACAAUAUUAAGGACGAAAAUACACGCACUAAGGCUGUUUUGGAUGAACGUGAGAAAACAUUGAACGAAAAAUCUCAAAAGAUAGACGAACUUAAGGUUCAAAAUGAUACUGAAGCCAAGAGACUUUUGGGUGAAAAAGAAAAGAUUGAGAAGGAGAAACAGGCCAAUACUGAACUUUCUGAACAAUUAAAGAGAGAAAAACAAGAACUUACAAAUAAAACCGCAGAACAAGAAAGGCUUAAAAGAGAAUAUGAGACUAAGAAUGCCCAGAUUCUAGAAAAGGAAGGUACAUUGCAGAAACAAAUUUCCCAAAAUGAAGAAUUGUCUGCCAAUUUGAAUAAACAACAGAAGAACAUUGAGGCUGAAAAUGACAGAAUUAAAAAGGAAAUUGAAAGAUUAAAGCAAGAAGAAAGGAACCAAGCUUAUAUACUUAAGUAUACAGCCACACAACAAUCUCGCAGAUCCUCCGGUUUACUCAAUAAACAAAAACAGCUUGAAGAUCAGAUAAAAGCAAACACAGAGAAAUCAGCCUCACUCGAAUCGCAGCAACAACAGUUAACUCAGGAAACUGAAAAGGUUAAAAGUCAGCUAACAGAAUUAGAACGCCAAAAAGGUGAAGUCAACGCUAAAGAAGAAAGAUUAACCGCUGAAAGACAAACUCUUGAAGAAGAAAAGAGGGCAAACGAAGCUAAAAGUUUAGAACUUAAGACAAAAGAAGACAGUGUUCAGCAGAGAGAAAAAGAACUUACUACCGCUCAGGCUGAAAAUGAUGCCAAGGCAAAACAAUUACAAGCUGAUCAAGAUGACUUGAAUGCCAAAAUGGCUCAACAUACUGAAGAUGUUAGGCUCAAGAAUUUGGAGUUUGAACAGAGAGAUAAAACUUUGAAAGAGAAGGAACUGGAAUACCAGUUGAAGCUUGCUGAGGUUGCAGAUAAUCACAGAACACUUUUCCGGGAACAGAGCUUGGUAAAUGAGGCCAGAGAACAGUUAAGGAAGGAUGAACAAGCCCAAAGAGAGAAAGAAAAAGAGGCCGAAAAACUGAGACAAGAGAAGGAGGCGGAGCUUUUAGCCAAGAUUAAAAAAGAGGAACAAGAUAGUUUAGCAAGAAUUGCCCAGGAAAAGGAACAAAGAGAACGUGAAAGAAAAGCUGAAGAACAACAAUUAGCACAAAAGAGACAAGAACAUGAGGAACAAAUUAGGAGGAGUCAGCAAGAAUUGGACCAAAAAAUAGCCGACGAUAAGAAAAAGACUGCAGAAGCUGAGGAGAGGAUUAAUCAUAGGCAAAAGGAAGUUGACGCUCUUAAAAAUGAUUUAGAGGUCAAAAAUGCAGAAGCCGAGCGUCUUCUUUCCGGUCAUUUACAAACCAAAACUGAACUAGAAAAAGUCAGAACUCAGCUUAACGAGCAGAAAGUAGCCGCCGAGGCUUUGACUAAGAAGUUGGAAGAACAAAAUGAAGCAGUAAGACAAGAAAAUGAGAGGGCAGUUAAGGCUAACCAGGAGGCAAAUAGGCUGUUAGAAUCCAAUAAGGCACAGGCUGCUCGUCUCACACAGAGAGAAACAGAAUUAGAGGCUAAUAUUGACUCCUAUACCAUUAAGUUAAAACUGGUCCAAGACGAAGAGGCUAGACUUUCCGCACUUGAUAAAACUCUUUUACUUAAGCAAAACUCACUGGAAACAAGGGAUCAGAACCUAAAGGCUAGUGAACAACGCGUCUCAGAACGGGAAGCUGAAGUACUCAGAAAACAAAAAGAACAAGAACAAACUGAGAAAGAACAGACCGAGAGACAAUCCGAUCUCCAGUCUAGGGAGAAUACUUUGAAUCAGAAGGAAAGUCAACAGAGAACAAAAGAUCAAGAACAAGCUGAACUGUCUAAAAAAUUAAGCAACAAAGAAGCUGAUCUCAAAGCAUUGGAGGCGAGAUUAGACCAAUUACAGAAGGAUUUGGAUACCAGACAAUUGAAAUUAACUGAAGGUGAAAAUGCCGUUAAACUUAGAGAAACAAAGGUAGAGGUUACUGAAAAGGCACAGAAGCAAAAGGAGAAUGAAUUACUUUUGGAGGAUGAGAAGGUGAAGAGACUUGGUAGGGAAGUUGAGGCUAAACGUCAAUUGGCUAUAAUUGCGGAAAAUAAGAACAAUGUAAGGAAUGCGGAAUUGGAUGAAAAACAAGCCAAGGUUGAAAAGCUUGCCACUGAUAAACUAAGAGAGCUGGAAACCAUAAGAACACAACAGGCUGAAGAAAUCCAAAAAGUUAAAGAACAGUUAAAAAAUAAGGAAACUGAGUUAGACCAGACAAUUAAAAAACUAAACGACAAAUAUGAAGAACUGAAGGGUGAUAAUAAAUCAGUUAUUUUAGCCAAACAAGUAAUGCUUUCUGCCGCGGAAUCUAAUUUGAUUAUUACAAAAUCUGAAUUAAAUCGCACCAAGACUGAACUUAACGGCGUUAAGUCACAGUUGGAGACUCGUACAUCUGAGCUCACAGCUGAGAAGGAGAAAAAUUCAUCCUUGGAAACUAAAUACGCUGAAUUGGAAUCUCAACUUUCAGCUACAAAAUCUCAAUUAGCUGAGAAAGGAACUGAGUUAUCUGAAUGUGUUGUUCGUGAGACAACUCUCAAGGGUGAAAAAUCAGAUUUAGAAUCUCAACUAAAGGUCAAAUCCGAACAUUAUAAUGAAAAGGAACUGGAAUACGAUACUUUGAAGAAAUUGCACGAAGACACUGAACAUAAGCUUCGUGAGAAGGAAUCUGCUAUGUCUGAAUGUCAGAACAAUUUAUCAGAGAAGACUGCAAAAUUAGAUUCCGUUACUGAUCAAUUGACUGGAAAGGAUAAAGCUUUGGAACAGAAGACCUCAGAACUUGAGGGUAAGGUUUUGGAACUUGCUGACAAGAACCUUGAACUUGAACGUACUCAAAAAGAAGUUCUUGAUCGUGACGCUCGUUUACUACUUAAGGAAACUCAGGAACUUAAAUUAAAGAAAACCAACAGUCAUUUACUUACUGUUCUUUCCAAAUUCGGUGCUGGUGAAUCUCUUGCCUCAAUUAUCAAUGAUUCUUCACUCUGGUCUGAUGAUACCAAUGAAACUCUUGAACAUCUUAAAAAAUAUUUCAAAUCUACACCUAAACAAGAAAAUAAUCAAUCAACCAAUCAAAACACUGAAGUAACCAAUCAAAAUAAUGGAUCUACAGAGAAAAAUGGAUCUACUAACGUGAAAAAUGGGUUGACAGAAGAAAAUUCAAAUGAUGUUCAACAUGAAUUGGGUAAAGAGGUUAGAGGUGAGAUAUUGAGUAUUGGUGAAACGGAUAUGCCAUUAAUAAAGAGUGAAGUAGAGACUGAAGUGGAUUCUACUAAUAGAAUUCCAGGAUUAGAUUUAAGGAAUGGUAUGGUUGAUUUAGAAUCAAUUGUACCAAACCCUGAACAACCAACUUUACAAACACCAACUGAACAAGAAUUAGAAACUAUUAAAACUACUCCAAUUGAUACUUUAUUACAUUCCAACGGUACUGGUACCACUGAGGGAGUUAGUGGUACUACUACUGAAGGAGUUAGUACCGCCGGUCCUGAAACUACUACUGAGAAUAAUGAAGUUGGUACAGCAUCAAUAUUAAGAUCAAAUGGUUCAUCAAAUGGAUUUACUAGAGGUAAAAGAGAACGUCAAGAUGAACAAUCCAAUAGUAAUGGAGAAAAUGAGAAAACUCAGAAUACUAAAAGUACAGGUGGAUUUAAAAAGACUAGAAUUGGUCAAAGUGUCAAAGGAGCCUCAGCUGCACUAGCAGUUAUACUCGUUAUCGCAGGUGCCGCAUUAGGUGCCAAAAAAUUUGGUAAAAAAGAUCCGAGUAUGACUCGUAUACCAUCAGGUUUCACUGAUGAGGGGCAAGUCUUUGACGAUGAAUAUAAUUAUGAAGAAGGUGAUGAAGAAUAUGAUGAAAAUAGAAUUGAAAUCGAUGAUAACGAUUUCUGGGCUACUACUAAUCUCUAA